CGACCACCGACUCGACGACCACCGACUCGACCACCACCGACUCGACCACCACCGACUCGACCACCACCGACUCGACCACCACCGACUCGACCACCACCGACUCGACCACCACCGACUCGACGACCACCGACUCGACGACCACCCACUCGACCACUACCGACUCGACCACCACCGACUCGACCACCACCGACUCGACCACCACCGACUCGACCACCACCGACUCGACGACCACCGACUCGACGACCACCCACUCGACCACUACCGACUCGACCACCACCGACUCGACGACCACCGACUCGACCACCACCGACUCGACCACCACCGACUCGACCACCACCGACUCGACCACCACCGACUCGACCACCACCGACUCGACCACCACCGACUCGACCACCACCGACUCGACCACCACCGACUCGACCACCACCGACUCGACCACCACCGACUCGACCACCACCGACUCGACCACCACCGACUCGACCACCACCGACUCGACCACCACCGACUCGACCACCACCGACUCGACCACCACCGACUCGACCACCACCGACUCGACCACCACCGACUCGACCACCACCGACUCGACCACCACGGACUCGACCACUACCGACUCGACCACCACUAGUACACCAGCUGAAGUUUGUGUUGAAUAUACGUUUGAUGAAAACUUUGAAAAUAUAUUUUCGGAUCACAGUAAUCGUUGUCAUGGAAUAA